UUUCAUAUCUUAAUUUUAUAAUGGUUGUUGCUACUAACCUCGGUUUCCCUUACGUUGGUGCUAAGCGUGAGCUCAAGAAGUCCGUUGAAGCUUACUGGUCUGGCAAGAUUUCUGCUGACGAACUCAAGAGCGCUUACCAAAAGAUCCAAGAAGCUAACUGGAAGGUUCAAAAGGAGCAAGGUAUUGAACACAUUCCUUCUGGUGAAUACACUUUGUAUGAUCGUGUUUUGGAUACUGCUCAUCAAUUCGGUGUCAUCCCCAAGCGUUAUCAACACAUCAAGGAUCCUCUUCAACAAUUCUUCGCUAUGGGUCGUGGUCUCCAAAAGGCUGCUACUGAAACCACUGAAAAGGUUGAUGUUCCUGCUCAAGAAAUGAAAAAGUGGUUCGACACCAACUACCACUUUAUUGUUCCUGAAUUCGAACCCAACCAAGAAUUCAAGAUUCAAGAUCUUCGUGCUGUUGAACAAUACAACUUUGCCAAGUCUCUCGGUAUUGAAACUCGUCCUGUCAUUGUUGGUCCCGUUACUUUCCUCCAUCUUGGUAAGGCUGCUGAAGGCUUUGAUGAUUUUGAAACCAUCUCUCUUCUUCCUAAGGUUCUUCCUCUCUACAUUGAACUCUUGAACCAACUUCAAGCUGCUGGUGCUCAAUGGGUCCAAAUUGAUGAACCUGCUCUUAUCCUUGACUUGCCCGAAAAGGUUAAGGCUGCUUUCGAAGAAGCUUACAAGACUAUCAAGGCCUCUACUUCUAUCAAGACUUUGGUUACUGCUUACUUUGGUCGCGUUGAAAACAACAUCUCUGGUCUCCUUCCCUAUGUUGAUGCUCUCCACCUUGAUCUCGUCCGUGCUCCUCAAGAACUCGAUGCUGUCUUGCCUCUCUUGAACAACUCUCAAGUCUUGUCUCUUGGUCUCGUCGAUGGUCGUAACAUCUGGAUCAACAACCUCGCCAAGUCCAUCGAAUUGGCUCAAAAGGCUGUCUCUGCUCUUGGAAAGGACCGUGUCUUCAUUGCUCCCUCUUGUUCUCUUGCACACUCUCCUUACUCUACUACUUUUGAAAAGAAGAUCGCUGAAAAGAACCCUGAACUCCUUAGCUGGUUAGCCUUCUCUGUUGAAAAGACCAAGGAAAUUGCCACCAUUGCUUCUGCUCUCAACAAUGGUCCUGAAUCUGUCAAGGAAGUUCUUGCUACCAAUGCUGCUGCUAUUGAAUCUCGUCGUACUUCUUCCCAAACUACUAACCCUGCUGUCCGUGACCGUGCUGCCAAGGUUCCUGCUGAAGCCUGGAAGCGUCCUGAUGAGUUCAAGGUUCGUCGUGAAGCCCAAGUCAAGAAGCUCAACUUGCCUCUCUUCCCUACUACUACCAUUGGUUCUUUCCCUCAAACCAAAGAAAUCCGUGUUACUCGUCAAAAGUUCAACAAGGGUGAAAUCAAUGCUGCUGAAUACGAUGCUUUCAUCAAGAAGGAAAUGAAGCACAUGGUUGAAGUUCAAGAAAAGAUUGGCUUGGAUGUUCUUGUCCACGGUGAACCCGAACGUAACGACAUGGUUGAACACUUUGGUCACCUUCUCCACGGUUAUGACUUCACUGAAAACGGUUGGGUUGUCUCUUAUGGUUCUCGUUGUGUCAAGCCUCCUGUCAUCUUUGGUGAUGUCUCUCGUCGUGGCCCUAUGACUAUUGAUGAAACUGUCUAUGCUCAAUCUCUUACUAAGAAGCCUAUGAAGGGUAUGUUGACUGGUCCUGUUACUAUGAUGAAGUGGUCUUUUGUUCGUGACGAUAUUCCUCUCAAGGAUGUUUGUGUUCAAAUUGGUCUUGCUCUCCGUGAUGAAGUUGUUGAUCUUGAAUCUGCUGGUAUUCCUUGUAUCCAAGUUGAUGAACCUGCCAUCCGUGAAGGUCUUCCUAUUCGUCGUGCUGACUGGGAUGCUUAUCUUGACUGGUCUGUUGCUUGUUUCCGUCUUUCUACAUCUGGUGUCCGCAACGAAACUCAAAUCCAUACUCACAUGUGUUACUCUGACUUCAACGAUAUCUUUGACUCUAUUGCUGCUUUGGAUGCUGAUGUUAUCACUAUUGAAAACUCCAAGUCUGACGAAAAGUUGCUCAAGAUCUUUGAAACCAAGAAGUAUCCUAAUGAAAUCGGUCCUGGUACUUAUGAUAUCCACUCUCCUCGUGUUCCUUCCGUUGACGAAAUCAAGCAAAAGCUCGCUGAUAUGCUCAAGUACAUUGAUCCUAAGCUCUUGUGGGCCAACCCUGAUUGUGGUUUGAAGACUAGAGGCUGGACUGAAACUGAAGCUGCUCUUGUUAACAUGGUUGAAGCUGCCAAGUACUUCCGUUCUCAAUACUCUGCUUAAGUCGCUCUCUUUUAUAUGUAAAUAGUUCAACACUAGUUUAGACAUUAUUCUCUUUUUUUUAAUUUCUCUUGUAAAAAGUUCAACACUGUGUAUAAUAGCCUCUCUAAAAAAAACAAAUCAUGUCUCAAUAAAAUUAUCAUGCUAAACAUCAA